AUGCGGAAGACUCUAGAACGUGACAGAUACAUGGAUGCUACUUGAAAAUUCUAGCUCCAUCCUCUGCCUUGUUUAAAAAUGCCAUCCCUGUUCCUCGGUUAAAUCAUCGGAAAAAAUCUGCUCGAAGCGUUCAUCAAUCAUAAAAAAUUAUCAACAACACUAUUCAAAUUCUUAUUCUCAUUGACUGAAAGGUAAGAAUGUCUCUGAUUCCAAGCAUCUUCGGAGGUCGCCGGAGCAACGUCUUCGACCCCUUCUCCCUAGACAUCUGGGAUCCAUUCGAAGGAUUCCCGUUUUGUAACGCCGUCACAAGCACCGGUGCUACGGGGAGCGAAACAUCGGCAUUCGUGAAUGCCCGAUUCGAUUGGAAGGAGACGCCGGAGGCUCAUGUGUUCAAGGCGGAUGUGCCGGGGCUGAAAAAGGAGGAGGUGAAGGUGGAGGUGGAGGAAGGGAGGGUGCUGCAGAUCAGCGGAGAGAGGACAAGGGAGCAAGAGGAGAAGAAAGAGGACAAGUGGCACCGCGUGGAGCGGAGCAGCGGCAAGUUCCUGCGGCGGUUCCGGCUGCCGGAGAACGCCAAGUUGGAUCAGGUGAAGGCUGCAAUGGAGAACGGUGUGCUGACUGUAACUGUUCCGAAAGAGGAGGAGAAGAAACCUGAGAUCAAAUCCAUUGAGAUCUCUGGUUAGACAAUUUCACAUCCCGCGCUAUGAAUGCCUAUGAUCAGAUCUAUAUCGUUUUUGUUCUUUUAUUUCGAAGAGUAAGGUUAUGAUCAAUGUAUGUUGUAUGUUGUAUGUUUUUGUUGUUGUUAAUGUUAAACUUUGUGAAUUUUCGACCCUAAAUCAUACAUACUUCCUAUAAUUUCCUUUGCUUUUCCA